AAGUAUGUAUUAAGCUAUUAUCUAUGUAUAUUUAGCACGAUUAAAUAUAUUAAGAUUUAUCUUUAAUUGUAAUACUUACAACUUACUGUUUAGUAUUAAUCUUAGAUCAGUUAGAUCUGUCAUAGCUCGUAACUUACUAAACUAACUAUCUAAAGAUCUUCAACUUUCUGAUUGUCGCACUUAGUAAUCUAGUUCUGACUCCUUCUAUUUAUAAUUGUUUAUUUUCAUUUAAACGAAUUAAAAUCAUAUUUUAAACUUUAAAAUAUUGAAAUUAAUUAAAAUACUAUGAAAAAAAAUUUUAAAAAAUUUAUAUCAAAUGAGUUCUUAUAAAUUUUAGUUUGUAGAUUUUUUGCUGUUCAGUGACAACCUUACAAUAAUUUAUAUUGUUUUUGGUGUAGGUGAGUUUCACAAAACAAAUAAUAUACUAAUAUUCUACCUACCCAUUAAAAAAGCAAAUGGUUUAAAAAGUAAUCAGUUUAUGAUUUUCUUUUUUACUUUGUGAUCAUGAACACAUCAUAACCUACCCAAUACACAACUGUUAAUAUACCACUAGUAUUGUAUAUACUAAUACAUUAUUAAUUUAUAGUAUGUGUAUGUGUAAUACAGAACUUUAUAGUAUGCAGUUAAACAUCAUAUAAAUCAUUUUUAAAUUUUGUGGGUAUUCCAAAAAUAAAUUGGAAAAUUAUUUCAUUUUUCCUUCAUUAUAAAAGAUAAUAUAAUUAAUUUUUCACAUUUACUAAUUUUAAUACAAAAUUACUACUAACUUAUAGCCAAAGUACUGUAGAUAAAGUACUUUAAAUUUAUUAGUAAUUAUUAAAUGGACUUUCCUGCAUAUAAUGUAAAAUUUGAUACUGAUAAAACAUCAGUUACUUUAUUACAAGACAUAUUAAAUAAACAAGGAGUACGCACUGUUCAGUAUGAAUUACUACAAAUUGAAGGAGCUGUUAGUGCACCGUCAUUUCAGUAUCGUGUCACAGAUGGACGAUUUGUGGCUUAUGGUCAAGGAAAAUCAAAAAAAGAAGCUAAACAAAAUGCGGCUAAGGCUUUACUACGUAUUAUUCAUAAAGAGUUUCCUGAAUUAUGUUCCGAUCCUUUAUUUGAAUCUCAAAUUGAUUUUACCUCAGACGUGAAUGAAUCGUUUGAAACUAUGAAUUUUGGAGAUAACGAUGAACGUAAUCCAAUUGGUAUGCUUCAGGAACUUUGUACAUCUCUCCAUCUUCCUCCUCCAGUUUACAUAACAGAAUGUGAAGAUGGCCUCCCUCAUCAGCGUUUAUUUACUGUUUCAUGUAAUGUCUCCGAGUACAAAGAGACUGGUGUAGGCAAAUCUAAAAAGAUUGCCAAACGACUUGCUGCCAAUAAUCUUUAUUUGAUGUUAAAAAGCAUUCAGGCAGAUCUCAGUCUAAACUCUGGAGCAGCUGAAAAUGUAGACGACUUUGUUCGUCAAGAGUCCAGCAAUCUAAGCGGAUUGAAAAAUUCUAAAUCCACUUCUCAAUUUUAUAGGUUACCUGAAAUUCAUAGACAUUUACCCUUAACUGAUGGCCCUUGUUAUAAUAAUCUAAAACAAAUGGAUGAUGAACAAUUGUAUUCUUGCGACAGCCGACUGAUUUUGGACAGUUUUACUGCUGAACAAGGACUUAUAGUAUCAUUUAUUGAUUUUGAAGAACUCUCAAGUACUGGCAAGUAUCAAACUUCUCUUCAAGUAUCUACUCCCAUUACUGUGGCUUUUCAUGGUGAAUCCACUAUCAGCUAUGAAGAAGCUCAACAGGAUGCUGCCUAUAGGUCAUUAGUAUUUUUUAAAUGUAUAUUGAAUAAUAGUGCAUUAAAUUUGGUGACAGUUACUUAAUUCAUUUUAUGAAAGAUUGUUAGCUAUGUAAAAAUCAAUUUAUCAAAAUAUAAUAGGAUGUUUGGUA